AUGACGUCCAAUCAAUCAAAACUUAAAAUCAUUUCCGAUUUGUGAAAAUUCUCAGUUCGAUGGAAAUUUUCUCGAAUAAUAAUUUUUCAAUAAUUGCUAUACAUUCAAAAUUUCUGAAAGACGUUUAUGAAGGUUCUAAAUUAUAUGAACCAGGUAUCUCAGCUCUUCCAACUGCCAUUUUCUUCAUUUCAUCGUUUUUCUUGCUUUAUGAUCAUUUUCACCGAUUUUCCAGGAGGAGGACAAGAUGGAAAACAUUUAUCUAUAGAGAAAUGGGUUUACAGUCAUCCUUUUUCUAUCUCACCAGGUUUUGGUUCAUCAUCAUGAGAAUAUUCAAAUGGACAAACUUGUACUUUGAUGAUUAUGUUGAGAAAGUAUCAUCACCUCCCGACAUUUCUUUCAAUAAAGUGUUCAGCAGAUUCUGCAUAUUUUGCACUUUGACUUUUGUUUCCCUUUUACCAGUGACGAUUAUGAUGAUACAAUAUUUCUUCAAGGAUGAUAUGCCGAACUUUUUAUUAUGGGCUGGUGAGAACAGGUGGAUGAGAACUGAGAUGGGUCCAGCUGGUCAGUUACUUGAAAAUGCUCCAAGAUUCACCAUUCCUUCGAAAUGUAAAAACAGCUUAUCAAGAAGAACAGCCAGUGCUGAAGUGAAUAUACCAGGGAGCAAUAGAAGCCUUCCUGAUUGUGUAAGAAACUGUAGGUCAAUGAUACUGUUAUCUAAUUUUAGAGAAAGAAUAACUGCACAAACUUAAAUGUAACUGUUAACUACGUCAAUAUAUUUAAUCAAAAUUUCA